AGGGUAGUAGGUGGUGAUCCCGCCUCGCAGCACGAGAGCCAUUUUGUUCAAGAAGAAGAGCAGGAGAGAAGGUUCUGCCGGAGUCCGAUAUUCUCGAAUCUGUAUCAAGUCUCUGUCCCCUCCAGUAUUGGUAAGGGGGAGCGGAUGAGGGUGUGCAGAUUCUCCAUUAGUAGAACAGGAGUUUGGGAUUGAAUUACAAGAAGGAUUGGUGGUAUGAGGAAAUAGUGUGCGAGUGAGGAGACUAUAGGAAACAAAGGAAGCGCCGCCAUUUUGUUUUUUUUUGUGAGCGGGAAAUGGUGAAAUAUCACGGCUGGUGAUUACGCAUCGCGCACUUACAGGCAAAUGGACGGCGUAUCUGGCACCAUGCAUCGUGACUCCUGUCCCUUAGACUGUAAAGUCUAUGUUGGGAAUCUUGGAAACAAUGGCAACAAAACAGAAUUAGAAAGAGCUUUUGGCUACUAUGGACCUCUGCGCAGUGUGUGGGUUGCAAGGAAUCCUCCAGGGUUUGCUUUUGUAGAGUUUGAAGAUCUCCGUGAUGCAGCAGAUGCUGUUAGAGAGCUGGAUGGAAGGACGCUUUGUGGGUGCCGAGUUAGGGUUGAAUUAUCCAAUGGUGAGAAAAGAAGUAGAAACAGAGGACCCCCUCCUUCAUGGAACAGGCGGCCCCGGGAUGACCAUCGUAGAAGAAGUCCACCACCAAGACGCAGGUCACCAAGGAGGAGAAGCUUAUCUCGUAGCCGUAGCAGGUCUCUUUCUAGAGAUCGGAGGAGAGAGCGAUCAUUGUCCAGGGAAAGAAACAAUAAGCCAUCUCGCUCUUUUUCACGAUCAAGAAGCCGUUCUAGGUCCAAUGAGCGAAAGUGAUGCAGCUACCUUCAGCGGUGUACAGACAAAUACAUUCAAAAAGGUUUUCUGUUUUUGAAAUGUCCUACACUUUUUAAAUUUUUUUCUUUUUAUUUGCUUUGUACUGUAACUUGUAACAGGUGAUGAAAAAUGUGAUUCUGUAUAUGGUUCUAAGCAGAUAAAUUCAAAUAGACCAGUUUACUUUAUACUGUUAAUGAAAAUAUUUUUUUUUUUUUCAAUAACCCACCCCCAAUUUUCCCUAGGAAAUGUAAACAUGGCACUUGCAUAGAACUAAAAGAAAAUGUACUUUAAUGUGGCCAAUCUAUUAAACGUUUGGAAACCCAAUACAAGAGUACUCUGCAACUACACAAAGGGUAAUUUUCCACUUUAUGUCCAGAUAUGUUGAGGCAGGGUAUCUUCAGAUGGUCAGUCUCAGUAGUUAUAUUUGUAUUGUAACCAGUUUAUCAAAGCUUUCUAUGCAAGUUGCCAUGUCCUUAUUUGUGCAGAUUUCACUGCUCCACUACAAUUUUUCCCCCUCAUUAUGCUGUAAACCGCACUGCUUUACCAUUUGUAGAAAUCCUUUUUUUUUUUUUUAUAAAAACGUUUUAGUGCACCUUAGAUGUGUCUUGAUGUUCUUGUGUAGAGUCUUGCAGUAUACAGCAAUGAUGUAAAGUUGUAAAUGUGUGGCUGUUGCAAUUUGUCUCAGAUCUUUUAAACCAUGUGACUUCUGGAUUUUUUUUUCCUUGGGGAUUAAAGUUUUUGGUUAAAACA